AUGGCCUCUCCACGAACUCCUCCUUCCGGACUCGAGCCGGAAGUCGAUUUUGAUCGUCAAGGAUCGAAUGAGAAGUCCUCGGUGGCUGCACCCAUAUACUCGUCCACAGAAGAACCAUCCCGAGAGCAGCACUUCAAAGUCGUCGCACGAGGUGAUCCGCUCUCCAGUUCUGAUGACGUCCAGGGUGAAAUCACCGGUUACGAUGAUUCUCUCAUGAGGGCAAGGGCUGCCUUGAGCAGCGCUGAAGAAAAGAAGCUGUUAAAAAGAAUUGACUGGCAUCUUAUCCCUCUGCUGGCUAUCAUGUACAUGGUGAAAACCAUCGAUGCUUCCAACGUUUCUAAUGCUAGAAUUAUGGAUCGAGGAACUCCUCGAAACAUCAUGAUUGAGCUUAGUGUCACUCCCGAUCAGUACAACUUUGUGACUGCAGCAUAUUAUAUUCCAUACAUCCUCGCAGAGACGCCUUCCAAUCUCCUCGUCAAGUACUUGAAGCCCUCGGUAUGGCAAGCCCGGAUCAUGAUAUCCUGGGGCAUCGUUCUUUGCUGUCAUGCUGCUGUCACGAAUGCUGGAGGCCUAUACACUGUUCGUGCGUUUCUGGGCCUUUUCGAGGCCGGUCUCUGGCCUGGCAUCCUCUUGCAACUGUGCUACUGGUAUAGACCAGAUGAGAUGGCGUCCCGAAUAGUCCUGGUGACAUUGCUUGGCAACUUCAGCGCCGUCAUAAGUGGGGUUCUCUCUUUUGCCUUUGAUGGCGUUCAUGCUCGAGGUUUAUCCGGGUGGAAGUGGCUCAUUCUAACUGAGGGUGUCUUUACGAUCAUUCUUGGUAUUAUUGUCUACCUUGUUCUCCCAGAUUUUCCAAACACCGCCCGUUGGAUGUCUCAGGCAGAGAAAGACUUUAUCCAAGCUAGGCUCCCUAUCAAUGCUCCUCGAGCAGCCGAGAAGGACUUUGACUGGACGGAGUUUUGGCAAACCCUCAAAGACCCCAAGCUCUGGCUCUUCCUGCUCUGUUGGGCCUUUUACACCAUUGGAACAACUGGUUUGCAAUUUUACCAGCCCACGGUCAUUGCAAAUCUAGGUUUUACAACGAUUGCUCAGGCUCAGCUCCUUAAUAUCCCUCCGGCCAUCUUUGCUUGCGUCUUGACCAUUGUUUUCGGAUGGGUAGCGAAUACCGGAUACAUCCCUCUACCUGCAAUCCCUUUGACUUUUAUGGUCAUCAUUGAAGCAUGCUAUGUUGUCUUGUACACGUUCCCCAAUACUGGGGGUGUGUAUGCUGCUACUGUCAUUGCUGGAGGUUUCUCCAUAGCCUGGUACACAAUGAUGUGGCCUUGGCGUGUUCAGACUACAGAUGGGGCUACGGGAUCGGCAUUUGCCAUCGCCUUUGCCAACAGCUACGGACAGAUCGGUGGGGCUGUAGGAUCUCAGCUGUUCAACUCUAGGUUCGCACCCCGCUACACGACGUCAUUUGGUAUUGCUAUGGGCUUCAUAGGAGCGGCGAUUAUCAUGAAUAUCGUCACGUGGUCGGCUACUUGGAGAGUCGACGUGGCUACUCGACGGCUGAAAAGGGCGCGAGUGGCCGCUGGCAAGCGAAAUGAGGCUAUUCUGGACGACGUGGAUAUUUAUGUGGGGAAGAGAAGAGCAUAA